UCAUCUAUUCAGGCUAUAAACAUUGUUGCUCUUGAAGUCACUAAAGUUGAAAUAGUCAUCACAGUAGUUGGAGUAAUCACUGGUGAAUUUCAUUGCUUUUGGUACUAUUUAUCACAUAGCUUGAAG